AUGUCACGAGACAUCGAGGAGAAAUCACAGGUGGAGAUGGUUCCGGAGACAUCAUCCAAGGAAAAAGAGACAUUGGCGCCCGAAGAAACCACCAAUUCCAAGAAGGGACGAGGCCUGCUCCACGUACCGUCCAGAUCAUCCUCUCACAGACACCAACCGUCGCCGACCUCUACAGGCCUUAGUGGUGCCACAGCGAGCGAUCCCAGAGGCAGCAUGGAUGGUCAGUCGAAAGAGUCCAAGGGGAGCUUGAUGGGUCAUCGCCGGAACGGGAGCGCGUCAAGCAAGCAAUCCGGCACAGCCCCCACAAGUACACCCGGCAACACACAGCCAAACUCGCCUGCGACUGCGGCUGCUCCAGCCCGGAAGAAGAAGGGUGGCCUGCUUGCUUUGCUAGGCUGCUGUGGGGUGCCCGACAACGCAAACGCUCUGGAGAAUGGGGAGGAGAAUGUGCCGGUGAAGCAGUUGGAUAAGAUCCCUCCUCGGCCAACCACCGCAAGCCACAGCCACAGAACAAUCACGCCGUCGGACCAAAAUGCUCCUGCAAAGCAAAUAUCCGAGAAGGAAGCCCAGCAGCCGGCCCAUGCGGUCCCCGAAUCGUCCAGGAUGAAGGGAGCCGCCACCUCCAUCGCACAAGACCAACAAGCAACUCCUGACCAGGGCAAUGGGGAGGCCAGCAGCAGGACCGUACCUACCGGUGCUCCAGUCGUGACGGUGGAGCCGCCAAAUCAAGGAACUGCGGAUGUUUCCCAAGGCAGGGCAAACCACAAAGACGAUGAUGGUGAUGUCGACAUGCAAGACGAGGAGAGCACCGCAAACCAAAAGGAGAAGCAGCCCGCCACAUCCGACAUCUUGCCAAAGGUCCCACCACCGCCACCGUCAACCUCGAGUGCACCCAUUCCUCAACCUGACCCAAUGAUGGCACUGGCCGCCCCUGAUGUUCCGGAGCAGAAGGCGCUGCUGCCCCCGAUCGAACCGCAUUUAAAAGGCAGAAAAUGCCUGGUUCUAGAUCUUGACGAGACCUUGGUUCACAGCUCCUUCAAGAUCCUCCACCAAGCCGACUUUACGAUACCAGUAGAGAUUGAGGGAAAUUACCACAAUGUCUAUGUCAUAAAGCGGCCGGGCGUUGACCAGUUUAUGAAGCGAGUUGGAGAGCUCUACGAAGUCGUUGUGUUUACCGCAUCAGUCUCCAAGUAUGGUGAUCCGCUACUUGAUCAGCUGGAUAUUCACAAUGUCGUCCACCACAGGUUGUUCCGCGAAAGUUGUUACAACCACCAAGGCAAUUAUGUCAAAGACCUUUCGCAGGUCGGACGGGACCUGAAGGACACCAUCAUCAUCGAUAACUCGCCGACCUCCUACAUCUUCCACCCCCAGCAUGCUGUACCUAUCAGCAGUUGGUUCUCGGAUGCGCACGAUAAUGAACUGCUUGACCUGAUUCCGGUGCUCGAGGAUCUUGCGGGCCCGACAGUUCAAGACAGCACAAAUCGAGUCUUGCUCGAUCAUAGCGGAAGGCGUUUGGACGAAUCUGCCGGGUGUAUCGGCCGACAUGCUCUACUGUUUAAUUCUGCAAAUAGUACGACGGCUGCAGGAGCGGCCGAUCUGGCUCUAGAAUAUUUCCACACCACGGAACCCCUCUUUGUCGAGCAUAAUUUUGACGCCGGAGCAUAUGGUCUUCGGGACAGCACCAUGCAAGGAGGCUCUGUCUCAGUGGCCCUCCUGGCGCAGGAAGAGCACAUGGGUUUCAACAGCAGGAACCGCAUGGCCUUGUCUCGGCCACGGCGAUCGGCUAGGGCUUUUAUGGUCUGGGGAUAG